AUGGCGGCUGCUAGCACGUCCGACGGUGUCCGUGAGGCGGUGUUUUCCUUGAUCCAGGUGGCAGAUCUGCAAGGCUUGCAGGUCAUCACCCCAGGCGAUUUCGACUGGUCUGUGCCAGGGGGCACGACCAAGAUACUGCCACUGAUUGAAGCGAUGGUGGGGAGCAAAACAGACAAGACGCUUGCAGGGGUGACGACACGGGUUGAGAUGAUACGCUGGAUGGUGAAAGCAGGCGCGAACCCUCUCCAAGCCCAUUCUCAUGAACAAGAACAUUGGAUUUGGAAAGUCUCCGACAAAGACAAGACGAUGAUUCGGAUUCCAUACAACAGAAGUGCCAUUUCUUUCGCUUGUGAACUCCUGGCGGCCAUGAAAGCAGCACCUCAGGGCACGGAUUGGUCGUUUAAAAUCACAGCUUUCGAACGCUUCUUGGCUGCGUUAACCCGAGGUGCGCCCACAAGGAACACCGUCUCGGUGCGUCAAGGUUUGGUCGACAUGUGGGAGUCCAUUCGCGAGAUGACCUCCACGCACAACGUGGUCUUCGAAGCAGCAGAUGAAGAAGUGUGGGCUCACGACCUUGUUCUUGUUGCGGCCUCGCCUGUUCUGAAGGCCAUGCUAAAGUCCACAAUGACGGAAGGCUCGAGCAAGCGGAUUUCAGUCAAGGAUUCGUUGGGUUCUGGCGUGCGGCUCUUCGUGGACAUGCUCUACACGAGCUCCACGCGUGACGAGCCUGACUACAAGACGGUGCUGAUUGCCUUGGACUUGGCCCAUCGCUGGCAGGUCGACCGCAUAGUGCCGGUACUUGCCGGGAUUUUGCCAGAAAUGAUUACCGUCGAUAGCUUUGCUGCCAUCGCGGAAGCUGCCAUGCUCAAGGGUUUGGAGCCUUUGCAACGGGCAUGCAGGACAGUUGCGGCCAACAACAGUGACAUCAAGACCAUGCUGGAGACAUGCACUCUCCCGACAGAGGUGCGAAAGCUGCUGGGGGAGUCCAAGGCCCCGUCAGCAGAGCAAGGGCUACGCAAGAAGCGGCGGAUCUUCACUGAGAGCUAA